AUGUCGGGAUCUCCAACUUUUUCCAAGAGCGAAAUCACAGCCUCUCUUGUCCGAGCCAAGCAAGAACGGAAAAUCAGUUUCGAAGAACUCGGCAAAGCGAUUGGGCGAGAUGAAGUCGCUGUGGCGGCAAUCUUCUACGGACAACACCAUGCAUCCCGGGAAGACAUUGUGGGGCUUGCAAAAGCCCUCAAUAUAGAUGAAAACCUACUAUCGUCUCAAUUAUCAGACUUUCCCGACAGGGGCAGUGGCGUUGAGAUGCCGCCGAAGGAGCCUUUGAUCUACCGCCUAUAUGAGAUAGUUCAAAAUUAUGGACAAGCCUAUAGAGCCGUGAUGAAUGAAAAGUUCGGAGAUGGUAUCAUGAGUGCCAUUGCGUUUUCAACCAAGGUGGACAAGGAAGUUGAUGAGCAAGGGAACACAUGGGUUAAUAUAAGUAUGCGGGGUAAAUGGUUGCCAUAUUCGAGAUUUUAA